AUGACUUGGACGAGGAAACUUUCACGUGUGCAAGAUCAAGAUUGCUAUGGGGAUAUUCAAGGUGUAUAUGAUCAAUUGUAUGUGCAAUUCAUCAAGCAACAAAAGAAGGUGCUCUCCUUGAGUUGUUGGGUCAACUCAGGUGAAGAAAAGACUAGAGCCCUUCAUAGUAGCCUAGAGGAUGAGAACAAAUCUCUACCUGACCGAAUGAGUUUUCUUGAGAGAGACUAUAAUGAGCUUGUCAACUCUAAGGAGAAUCUUGAGUCAAAAUGUGGCAAACUUGAUAUAGGUCUUCGCGAAUCAAAUGAGCUCUCUAAUAGACUUCUCAAAUGUAAUGAGAAGUUUGCUUAG